CUUCUAUAUUCCCAUUAGCCAUUGAAGUUAUAUUUAAUUUUAAUAGAACUUUGCCCACUGCAACAAAACAAGGCCUAAACAUCAGAAGCUUCAGAAAAGCAAUGGAGAAUCAAAGAGAACAAAGAUGCAGCCGCUUGGUGUUUGUGUUGUACCCAUUUCAAGGCCACAUCAACCCCAUGCUUCAGCUAGCCACUAUCAUGUAUUCAAAAGGUUUUUCAAUCACCAUUGUUCAUCCACAAUUCAACUCUCCUGACCCUUCUAAACACCCCCAAUUCACCUUCACACCCAUAUCAGAUGACUUGUCCCAAGGCAAAGUCUCCACUUCUGAUCUUUUUGGUACCAUUUCAGCUCUAAACAGGAAUUGCGAAGAACCGCUGAAAGAAUACAUAGAAAAGAUGCUGAAGGCUGAGGAUACACAUGAUCGUAUCGCAUGUAUUAUUUAUGAUGGGCUCAUGUUCUUUGCUCAAUCUGUCGCUGAUCGUCUGAAGCUACCAGGAAUGAGUGUUCGGACGAGCGCUGCUGCCUCAAUUUUAGCUUAUGCUGUGUUUCGUCGUCAUGAUGAGCAAGGCUAUAUCUCCUUCCUAGAUUUAAUGUCAAAAGACCAAGAGACCGAGCUCCAGCCCCUCCGGCUUAAGGACCUGGUCAUGUUAAGGAGUCAAAACGUUCCUGAGUUGAUCGGCGAAUUGAGAGCCAAUCUAACCGAUUCGGUGAAAAAGUCUUCAGCUAUAAUUGUGAAUACAAUGGAUUUUCUCGAACAAAAUGUUGUCAAACAAAUUCAAGGGCUCUUUCCAGCUUUUGUUUUUACCAUAGGCCCUUUUCACAAGCUGGCUCCAAACAUUUCCAGUUCAUUACUGAAGGAAGAUACUAAUUGCAUUUCCUGGCUAGACAGACAAGCGCCAAACUCUGUCAUCUAUGUAAGCUUUGGGAGCAUUGCUAGCAUGGAUGAAAAGGAGUUUCUUGAGACAUAUUGGGGGCUAGCCAACAGUGAUCAGCCCUUCUUGUGGGUGGUAAGGCCUGGUUUGGUUCGUGGCUCGAAAUCCGUAGAACUAUUGCCUAAGAGUUUUGAAGAAAGAGUUGGAGACAAGGGUUGCAUAGUGGAAUGGGCGCCACAAUUAGAAGUGCUAGCACAUGGUGCUGUGGGAGGAUUUUGGAGCCAUUGCGGUUGGAAUUCUACUCUCGAAAGUAUUUGUGAAGGAGUUCCAAUGCUGUGUAGGCCAUUUUUUGGUGAUCAGUGCUUGAACGCGAUUUAUGUGUGUGACGUGUGGAAAGUAGGCCUUGAAUUGGAGAAUGAGUUGGAGAAGGGAAAUAUAGAGAAAGCUGUAAGAACACUCAUGGUGAACACAGAAGGAAAUGAGAUGAGGAAGAGGGCCAUGCAUUUGAAAGAGAAAGUGAACCUCUCACUGAGGCAAGGUGGUUCUUGCUACAAUUCACUGAAUGAAUUAGCUGAGCAAAUGCUGUCACUCAGAUCAAACUAGAAAAGCCUGUACUAGUAACAUAUUAAAGUGCCCAUAAAAAUUUCAGGUUGGUUGUCCA